AUGGAGGUCAACGAUCAACUCUCACAGAAUGUAGCAACUGCUGGUGAUAUCAGAAUACAUGAAAGGCGUGCUGUCUUUAAACUAACCAAUGUCAGUACAUUGCUACAGAAAGAGUUAAUGAAAUCGCACACGAUUUACCAGGGAAACAGGACAUCCAUUGCCAACACACAACCUGACAUCAUCCGCCAGCCAAUCACAACCCAGCCUUCGGUGAACACAGUCUGUGUCUCACAUCCUUGGGUGUACAGUAUGUCUGGCUCCGUGCCUGUGGACGCCAUCAACUUGCAGGAGCCUGUGAGCAGUUCCCCAGGGUUCAAACCUCGACCCCUGUCAAAGUCCGGGGACACAGCGUCUGUCUGCCCGUCCACGGGCAGCCGAUACUGGUCCAAGGAUUUGUUUGAUUCGUUCAAAGAGCUGCACAGGUCCACAAGAAAAUGGUCGGCGCUGAUUAAUCUUUGUGGCGAGUGUUGUCGUGUUCCCUGUAUGAUGGUGAAUGUGGCCAGUAGUUUGGGGGACAAACGUUAUCUCCUGUUCAUACCUGGAACUGGAGCAGCGAUCAGAUUUAAAGUUCGCAUCCUUCGUGGAAUACAAGGAACUAUCAUGGACGACUGUCUGGUGACCAGCUGCUGCUGUCCCUGUGCCACCUGCCAGAUGUACAGAGAGAUGGAAGACUUUGGCUUCAGCACUGAAUGGUGA